GUAGUGAUGAGGGUGACAGUGAAACUACGUAUCCCCAGCACGGUUUCAGAAACGCCACAACACAGAGUUUGUCAGCUUACUGCUGCAAAACAAUCCGAAGCGGCUGCACAAGGGAGACUGAGGAGUUCAAGCUCCAACAGGUUGAGAGCGACGGCAGAGCUGGUGGAGUAUUUCAGGGCUCAGAUUAGGAAAGACCCGGACAUGGCCUCUGCUGUGGCCGCUAUCCGCACUCUGCUUGAAUUCCUCAAAAGAGACAAAGGUGAAACUAUCCUGGGCCUGAGGGAGAGUCUGAUGUGGGCCACAGACUGCCUGACAGGAGUGGACUCCUCUGUGGCCGUGUCCUCAGGAGGAGAGCUCUUCCUGCGAUUCAUAAGCCUCACAUAUCUGGAGCACCAGGAUCUGUCACGCUGCAAGAAGGUGAUGGAAGAGAGAGGGGAACUAUUUUUAGAGAAGAUCUCAAUGUCAAGGACCAAGGUUGCCAAGCUCUGCCAUACCUUCAUCAAAGAUGGUGCUAAAAUCCUGACUCACUCCUACUCCAGAGUCGUCCUCAGGGUGCUGGAAAAAGCUGUAGCUGAGAAGAAACGCUUCUCUGUCUAUGUGACUGAAUCGCAGCCUGACUCAGCUGGGCGACAGAUGGCAGAAGCCCUGGGAAAACUCAACGUUCCAGUAACAGUAGUCCUGGAUGCAGCUGUGGGGUAUGUCUUGGAGAAAGUGGAUGUAGUUAUUGUUGGUGCAGAGGGAGUUGUGGAGAGCGGAGGAAUCAUCAACAAGAUUGGCACUUAUCAGAUGGCGGUGUGCUCUAAAGCUCACAACAAGCCCUUCUACGUUGUGGCAGAGAGUUUCAAGUUCGUCCGUCUCUAUCCGCUCAACCAACAGGAUGUGCCAGAUAAAUUCAAGUACAAAGCAGAUAUCCUGAAGACCGUACAGAACCUGUCAGAGGAGCAUCCAAUGAUUGACUACACGCCUCCCUCCCUCAUCACCCUCCUCUUUACUGACCUGGGAGUCCUCACCCCGUCUGCUGUAAGCGAUGAACUCAUCAAGCUUUAUUUAUAACCGUGCUUCACAAUUCUCAAAUAAAAACCCUGAUCAACAGGUAAACAAA